CAAACCGAAGGCAUUCUAUUUACAAUCGAGCAACGUGCUCGAACUGAAGAAAGUGUUUUGAGCAAAGUAUUAAUUUUAGUGGAAUUCUCCUUAAAAAGGGGAGAAGCUUUCUGGACGACUGAGAGAUGGCUCCGUAGUAGGAUACGUUAUUUUUUUGGAUAAACCACUUAAGCCGCCCGUGAGAAAAUGGAGCCGACGAAGAGCCGGAUUGCCCAAUGAGUUUUUUGUCUCAAGUAAUUAUGAGACGAGUGCAAGGGGCCCUGCGACUGUCACAUGAGAGGUGUCAUGAUUUUGACGCGCCUUCGUGCUGAACUGACUUGCAUUCGGAGCCACCGUUAAAAAGGAAAACUACGAAGAGUGAACAGAUUUUUGGCAAUUUUCCGGGAAAGACACCAUGGUGGACACCGUAGAGGCUAAAAAGGAGGACGUCGAGACUGGCAAAAAGAUCAUUCAUUCGCAUCCUUUAGUUCGGCACUGCGACAUGCCUGACGAGAUGCGAAAUGAAACAAUAGAGCUGUGCGUCACCGCAUGCGAAAAGCACUCGAGCAACAAUGAAAGCGCAGCCAAACUUAUUAAGGAGUCCAUGGACGUCAAAUUUGGUCCUUCAUGGCACGCAGUGGUCGGCGAAGGCUUCGGUUUGGAGAUAACGCACGAGUGUCGAAAUUUGCUGUACAUGUUUUUCGCCGGCAACAUGGCAGUCUGCGUUUGGAAAUGCUCGUAAAGGGCUUUGUUUUGGACAUUUCUUGUGAUGCAAUAAUUUAUUAUUUCGUACCUGUCUUUUUAAUUUUAUUUAAACUAUGGACCAAAAAAUUCCAAUUUAACCGUUGUAAUGCUCACGAAGGAUCUGCUUAGCUUGAUUAGCAAUAAUUGUUUGUUGACUAGAGUUUGUUAUUGUUAACUUCGGGCCAUAACCGAGAAGUGCUAAACGCCUAAGCCAUAAUAUUAUAAUCAGUAUUGAUUAUUGUUGGAUAUAUUAUCUUAAUAAUAAAAAUUAUUGAAUCUCCAGUUU